UGUGUCAUGGACCGUCAGCGAUUUACCUGUUAUGAACAUCGCUACGUUUGGUUGCCAAUGACAACCGCAGCUCUCGUUGAAAGGAGAGAUGGGGUGGUGGCGUUUUUACUGAGCUGAGCUAAGCAGUCAGACAGGUAGAUUCUAGGCGCUUAGAGAGGUGCACAAGGAACCUUUUAACUUAAAUCAGAGUCUGGGUGUAAACUGAAGGAAUACAAAGUAAAUUUAAGCUAGAGCUAGGUUGUCUCUCACGCAUCUUGGGUUAAUUUACUGGAGCAACGCGGAAAAAGUGUUCGGGUCCUCUGGUCUGUAGGAGAACCUGUUGGAUUUACAGACCUGUUUCGCUGUGUGGGAGUACUGGAGGAAAUCAUCGACUACAGAGAGUGCUGCUGCAGGAGGCUCACCAGAAGCACCGGGGUAAAAUGAGUAUGGGGCCAACACCAUGUGAUGAAGUCACAGAAGUGGUGUGUCUGGAGUCAGACUUGCAGGAUGGACAAAUGAAAGAGGUGGAGGUCAACCAUCACAAAAUUCUGCUGGUUCGUAAUGAAGGCAAGUUCAGUGCUGUGGGUGGUCUGUGCACUCAUUAUGGAGCUCCCCUUAUUAAAGGAGCUUUGGUGGGGAACAGAGUCCGAUGUCCUUGGCAUGGGGCUUGUUUUAACACUACGACUGGAGAUAUUGAAGAAUAUCCAGGUUUAGACUCUUUGCCCACAUACAAGGUGAAAGUUGAAGCUGGUAAAGUUUAUGUGACAGCAGAUAAACAGAAGUUGACUAAGCGUGUUAAAGAAAUGAGCUGCAGAGUGCCUGGAGUCUGCCACACUGUGCUCCUGAUUGGAGGAGGUCCAGCCUCCUUGCAAUGUGCAGAGACCCUCCGACAGAACAACUAUAGAGGGAGAAUUAUAAUGGUCACCAAAGAUGAGCAGCUACCUCUCGACAAGACCAAACUUAGUAAGGCCAUGAAUAUAGAGGUUGAAAAAAUUCUCCUUCGUCCAAGUGACUUCCUCCAACAGCAUGGCAUUGAAGUGUGGAAAGAAAAGGAAGUGGUGUCUGUGAACACAGAGGCAAAAACAGUGGCAUUCAAUGAUGGCACCUCUCAACACUACGAUCAGCUCUUGAUCUCUACAGGGGCCAGAGCUAGAGCCAUGCAGUGUCCAGGUGCUGAGAUGGAGAAUGUGAAACUCUUGGAGAGCUAUAAAGAUGCUGCUGGAAUUUAUCAGAUGAGCAUGGGCAAAAAGGCAGUUAUCAUUGGAACAUCAUUCAUAGGAAUGGAGGUAGCAGCAUAUCUGUCUGACAAAGCAGCCAGUGUAGCUGUUGUGGGGAAGUCCAAAUUUCCUUACCAGUUUUCACUGGGACCAGAUAUUGGGAAAAUGACUAUGAAGAUGCUGGAGGAGAAGAAUGUGAAAUUCUACAUGAGCAGUGGUGUGGCUGAGAUGCGAGGUGUAAACGGAAGGGUGAAGGAAAUUGUCCUGCAAAAUGGUGAUGUCCUGCCAGCAGAUGUUGUAAUCGUGGGAAUUGGUGUCAUCCCUAAUUCUGAUUUCCUGAAGGGGAGUAUCGUGGAAGUUGAUUCAAGAAAUGCUGUUGUUGUUGAUAAGUUCAUGAGAACCAACAUUCCAGAUGUCUUCGCUGCUGGAGAUGUGGCAUCUUUUCCUCUUUCUAUUCGUGAGGAUAAGAGGGUCCAGAUUGGACACUGGCAACUGGCACAAGCACACGGAAGAGUUGCUGCUUUAAACAUGCUGAAUAAGCAGACUGAACUCAACUCGGUUCCAUUCUUUUGGACUGUGCUGCUGGGAAAAAGUAUCCGAUAUACAGGUUACGGUGAAGGCUACACAGACAUUGUUUUCAAAGGAAAUGUUGAAGAGAGAAAGUUUCUUGCGUUUUAUAUAAAAGGUGAUGAAGUUGUAGCAGCAGCCAGCUUGAACUUUGACCCUGCUGUGUCAAAAGUGGCAGAAAUAAUCGCAACAGGGAAGAAAAUCACAAAGUCACAAGCUGAAUCAGAGGACCUUAGUUGGUUGCAGCUGCCUUAAAAUAAACAUCUGCAUGACUGAAGACAGCAAAAUUCCCUUAUUGGGUCAAAGGAAACUUUUAUGUUUUACAUUUCUACUUAACACUGCCUUCUGAUAUUCUGUUUAGUGAUAAAGAGUGACUUGAUAUUCUGACUCAUGAGCAGUUUGAGUUUACAUGUAAUGUCUUCUGGACCAAUGAUUCAGUGGCUCAGAGAUGACUGACAACUAAUCAAAGUACUUGAAUAUCUUUUAUAGCACGUUGGAGAAAUUGCACGUCUCUGUAUUAGUUUCCAAUCUUCCUUUAAGAGCUUUUAAUAUUGUAUAGUAUAAACAUACAUGAUGACUUGAUAUUAUUCACUUUGAAUUCAACUUACUCAUUCCUCUUCUUGUUUAGAAAUGAAAGAAAUUUUAAUCUUUCAAAGACCCUAUAACUGUGUCAUUUCAUUGAACUGUCUGUAUCUGUAGUUAUUUGAAAUAAGAAAUGGAAUUGAAAAGAAGGAUGUGUGGGGAUUUACAAUUAUACUUCUAGUACUGUGCAGAUUGCAGUGAAUUAAGUAUAUUCUGUUACAUAUGCAGAACUGUGGAUUUGAUGUGUCUGUGAUGUAAUAAAAAAUGUAGUAUGUGAAUGUG